CUUCCGAUACUCCAUUUGUGUUUGCGGGAAAGCCGCCGAGCUGGGGUGCAGAGUUCGCUAUUUGUCUCUACCUUUAAGCAUAAUGUUGUGGCUCUUACUACGUGCGAUUUUAUGCUCACCAUUACAUACACUCAAGAGUUAUGGUGGCAUUUGGAAAAAGGGGAGUUAGAUGAUCGCUUACAAUUUGAAAGGAAUGGGCUCUUGUUUCAGCUAUUGCUGUAGAGAGCAAAACAAGCGAGCUAGGCAUGUCAAACCGGCCGGUUAUUUCGAUACGUCGAGCCUCAUCGAAUUUGAAACACUUAUUGAUGAGCAGUCGACUAGCGAGCCCAAAAGUUUGGAAAGCCUGGAAGUUCCUGUGGCCAAAUUUCAUGCACAAGAUGAAAGUUGCUGCAAUUGCAACCUCAACUCAGAGUUUCAGCAGUAUCUCUUGAAUUUUGAAGAUUUGCUCACAUCAGAGGAUGAUCUUUUGACCUUGUCUAGCUUGAGUGACAAUGGUGACUGCAUCAAUAGUAAGAAGCUGGCCUUUCACCAAGAAGAUGCUUUGGAACUUGAAGAGGAAGCCAAAGCACUGCCAGACACUGUUGAGGCGCCUCCAAUAUCUGCAGGCCAAAGGGUUGUCAUGCGAUCAAAGCUCUCCAAAGAAGACAAUUGGACAGGCGCUGAUCACAAUGCUUGGGCACUUGCGGGGGAAGAGGAAAUCCUGAAUGCUGCAAAGCUGCGGUGCCAAGGACACCUACCCAGCUUGCAACUGAGUGCCACAAACCGGCUUGCAGGUCCCCAGUUUCAAGCAAAGGCUUGGGAGAAGGAGCGAGAACGACUGAAUAGCAGCCCCCACUCUUCACUUGACUUGGAGUGGGAGAAUGAAGUUGGGUUAACACCACCACAGCAAUGUGCGUCUGCUGCCGACGAUGACUUCGUGUAUGUCCCUGGGGCGGACACGUGUAGCAACCAUUCGACUCCACUGUCCAAUGAAAAUGACCUCGAAUGGGAUGGUGACCUCUCAAGUGUCCAGAUUGGAGGCUUUGACAUGGAAACAGAACAGCUGAUCUCAGAAAUUGAACAGAUGACUGCAGAUGCCCUGAAAGAACCCUCUGGUGCUUCCAGAUGACCAUCUGUGCACUAUCUAGACAGGUGCGCCUGUUGAGGACUGUCUACUGUAUUUUUGUGGUGCGUGUGCCUGUGUGUGUGUUUUUCUGUGUGUCUGCAGUGGCACAUACUGCUUGCUGUUAUGCUUGUGUUUAUCUUCUUGAACAUCACACUGUGGUUGUAACGUUUGCAUGGGCACGGUAGCCAGCAGUCUGCCAGGCUAGCACAGUGGGUCCAAAGUUAUAUGACUAGCCUGAUUCAGUGCAACUUUGGUCUGAAGCAUAGUUGUCUUUGUCAACCGAGGAUGUGAAUAUGCUCCACUUAGCCUAAAGGUUUUUUGUGAACUGCAUUACACCUCCCAUGCUCAUUCUGCCUCAGGCAGCUUGUAACUCAUUGGUUGGUGGUGGCUGCACUAUUGGUGCAUACCUAAGAGGCCGGCUGUCGCUAAAACCUGGAAAAACAUAGAGGGGCCUUGUGAUCUGUGUGAGAGAUAAAUUUAAUUUAUAUUAUUGUUACACCGCUGGUCAUAUUUUUAAAGCUGUAUUGAAAUCACGUGCAAUGUGCUACCAAUUCAGCUACAGCAGUGGACGCAUUCUCCUUUUUGUUUGAAUAAAGAUUGGUGUGUAAAUAUAGAUGCUACACCAUGAGAUUGUUAGGCUGUACUUUUUAUGAAAAUGUCGGCAGAUAUUACCCAUUCUCAGUACUCUUACCUUUUCUUAGCUUGUGUCAUAGUGAAGAUUAUGCAAUCCUGGUUCUGCUGGUGCCGUUAUGUACCAUCCGCCAGUAUGCCCUUGCGAUUGUCCGCAGUGCACCCAAUGCCCUCAAUCCAUUCGGGAGUUCCACAUUUGUUGCCAUGGUCUGGAAUGACACUGGUUGUCACCUUUGAGAAUCUAGGAUGCAUAAUCCUGCACAUCUCUUCAGGAAUCAUUUGAAAGGAGAAAGAGCCACUGUUGUAGUUGAACCACCAGCAUUGCACACAGUAUGCAGAAGUUUUGGAUUUGGACUGGGGUGCUAUGUAGAGCGAUGCCUUAUGCUUUAUUCUAUGCUAGUAUUAUCAUCCCCCACUCGUGGCUGGCUGAUCACAUUGAUAAUGCAGACAAACAGCUGCUCUGACCGCUGGCCAAGCACGAAAAGCAUUAGCAUCGGAAAAUGCAUCGCUCCACGAUAGCACCCCUGUAUAGGCAGUUUGUUUUCUUAGAACAUGAGCUCAUUGUGUCUAUCUUUGUUUUAGAAACUGUUGGCCCUUUCAGUAUAUCACCUAAUGCCCCCAUUGCUAAUGGCAUUCUGAGCUGUCUUCUGUUACAGUGUGCGCUUAGAAAAAGUAAUUGAUAAAGCAAAGUGAAGAAGAGUUUAUAACUCAUGUGGGCUGGAAUAUACCGAGAUGUCGAGGAUCUUCCUGUGAUCUGUUUUACCUUUUAUAUGCAUAAGGAAAUGUUUUAUCAAGCGUCAAGCAGCCAUAUUUUCCGGUGUGUGAGAUAUUAAGUACUGGGGUGUAGCAUGCGAAUACAGUAGUAUGCCUAUCUGUUCUACUCCAAGAGUAUUCCACUUGGCAAGUUCCUCCAGGGUUGUUCAAUUAUAACCAUGACCUGUGUCAUAGUGACACCAUAAGGGUGGUUUACAGUCACUGAACCUACGCAUUGCAAAUUGCUUGUGUGGCCAGGGCCAGUCUUAAAAGCAGGCAUCACAUUGCAAAGCUUUAGGUGCACGUUUCUUUUGAUUUUCAGUGCCACCUUUCAAAAUUUGUAGUAACAGGCCCAUUGUAUCUCCAUUAUCUAUGCUCAUUUUGUUCUUUUGGAAAAAUAUUUUCUGUUCAUAUUUUUCACAAGUAGCCUUUAUGAGUAGCCGGCGGCUCAGGAAAAGCCGCUGUAAAGGAUUUAAGCGGGUUCUGGGUCUGCCAGUGUACAAAUUGUAUCACGAGCGAAAGUGCAUUGAUACCAUUUCUGAACAUUGGAUCUUGACCAUCCAGCAGCAUAUAUUUGCUAGGGUCAAUUUUCUUGUUUCCAACUCGUUUCUGUACCAUGGAAUUCAAAAAGUAAAAGGUGUAGAAAGAAAACACCACAUUGGUAACUUGUGAGUGUGCCUGCUCUGCAGUGUGCACAUAGGUAUUGUCAAGGGAGAAAAACUAAAAAAAAAAAAAACAUUAUAGAAAAAACAUACCUUGUAAAUUGGAAUUUCCUGCAGUGCAUAAGCAGGUGAUCACUGGAAAAGUUGUGAUAUGGAGGGGUAUGCAUACAUACGCCAUUUACAACAGUUAAAUGCAAAGUUUACAGUUGUGCUAUAGCUAAAGCUUGACCUGACAGAUGUAUGGGUCCCAGAGACAGGAUUUUGAUGAAGACGCUGCAGUGUUCUGGCAAAGCUUUGCCACCAGUGGGAGUCCACUCAGCACUCAAAGUACCACAGCCCUUUGUAACAGUUGCUAAUUUAUGUCAAGAAGGUUAGUAAUGUGGUUUUAGUGCUUUUAUAAGUGCCAUAUUUACACGAGUAAUGUUGGCAUUUUCUUCUUUUUUUUUAAAGACAAGAACUUGCUAAUUGGAAAUAAUGUUUAACGUGUAUGCAAGUUAACUUGCAUGUGCAAUGAUAGCCAUUCUUGUCUGUUGGUGUCAUGAAAGGGAGAAGGAUGAACGUCUAUUAUGCUUGAUGUGUGCUCGUACUUUCAACAAAUGUAUUUGUGUAGCAAGUACCAUGACGACUGCCAUACUGGUCUUGCCUCAUUGCUAUGUAGCAGCAUUACUAAGGCCUCAGUCCUCCUACAUACUAGACUAUUCUAGGCCUCUUUAAAACCUUUAUUUAGGCAGAAACAUUCCCACUACAACUACCCUUAGCUUUGUGAGGCUGUACAGUGUACUUGUGCAAGCUAGUGCAAACCAACUAGACAAGUUUAGCGCUUUAUAAAACUUGUAGCUUGUAACUAGAAAAAGUCUGGCUCUUUACCUUCUUCUCACCUACGAUAGUUGUUGGUUGAAGGUCGUCUAGGUAUUUGAUUCUUAUCAUUUCCACUUAAAUAAAUUAUUUCCACUUUUAUUCAGAUAUACACCAUGUCGUAUGGCGUUAUUUGUUGUACAUGUAGUAAAUUAGGCCUUAGAGUGACCUACACUUAAAACUGUUGUAGAAAAUUGUGUAUCUGAAAUUUUUCUGGUGUUAAUUUUCAAAUUAGUGCUCAUUCAAGGUGUCCUCUGUGGGAAAAUUGAAUAUACAUAUUGUUAAAGUUGCUCAGCUGUAUAUUUGUUAAAAUGUUCCCAUCCUAAAAUUAUUCAGUCAUAUCAGGUGUUUCUUUUGAUGCAGAACAUUUUUUUAAAGAAAUUGCCACUGCCAUUUUUGCAGAUUGGCUAUGUGACUAGGUGGACAUUAACAGCAUUAAAAUUUUGCCUAAUAAAAUUGCAAAAUAUCAAAUAUGUGCUGAUUAACCUUUUCUUUGCUCACCUGCUGCACAUUCUGUAGUUAUAAAAUAAAAGCUGAGAAGUCAUUAAGCCAUGUCUGUCUGCUUAGUAGUAAUCCUAUGACCUGUGUUUCUGAGACAUGCAACCUCAAAAUUUGCUAUGAAAUACAUAGGUGUUCCAGUUAACAGUUUCUAAGAGUUAUGCCUCAUACAGUUAGAGAUUGUCUUGACUGCAAUGCCGAGGCCUUUUUUUUUUUUUCAGAUUUUGAAGAAUCUUAGAGAGUGGUGCUAGUCUUAAUAUUUCAAUUUCAAAUUUCAAUUUCAAAUUUCAACAUUGGAAUUACGAUAUGUGCAUGAAAUGAGUAGUUAAUAAAAUUAACAGUGAAAUCUUUCUUGCUGCUAAUGUCUGCCAAGUAAUGUAACCUAUUUGCAAGAAUUGCAGGGGCCUAGUAGCACCUGGUAUAUUAAUUAUCGUGUGUUUGUGGCACUCAACUCUAGCGAUUACUAGAAGAAGAAAAAAAUUGCACUGCUUCAAAUGCCAACACCAAAAUAUUACCUCAUUUUUAUGCUCUUUAAUGAUCACUAAUUAUGGAUCAAAAACCUAUGGUGUAAGAUUUUAUCCCAUCUUGCAUUUUUAGGAAAUGCAUCCGAAUUUUAGUUUUGGUGUGUUAUAAUGUUGGAUGUUGCCUAUGGUGCUGAAUUAGACAUGGAGAGUGCAGUUUAUCAUGAGGACAAUUGUAAUUACGCUGUGCCACGUAAUUUUGAAAAAAUUAGUGUCUUACAGACAGUGCAGUCUUUUCAUUAUCUUAUAGUAGAAUAUAAGGAAUCAUAUUUAUGUAUAGACACUUUGCAGUGAACUAUGUAUGCCACUAAAAUCAAAGUGUUGCCACCAGGUACAUUUAUUCAUGGGUGGUCUUGUGUGAAGACUAAAUACACUGCUAGUGGCAGCCAUUUGCAGCACGAAUCCCACUGGCAGACUCUAUAGUACAGUACAUUUAGUGAGGAAGUUUUGCAUGGUGGAAACGGAAAUUGCAAUGUCACUGAGUGUUAAAACAUUGAUGGACUUAACAGAGUCACUGAGCUCAUACAACUGCUUACUCUUAUGUAUUGAAUUGCACAAUUGCAAACAAGCAAAAUGACUUGUAAGCGCAGCCAUGAAGAUCAACUGUUGGAUUGUGAAAUAGUGUCUUACACUGAAAAAUGGAAAAACACUACAUGGAACAAGUGGCAGUACUCAGAAACACAGUUGAUGAAUUGCAUCUUAUAAAUAGUGCAGUUGAUGAAUAGUGAAGCUUACAAAUUUCUGAAAGAACCUCCACACCUUUCUUAGCCACAAUGGCAGUGCUGAUGUAGUGGUUAAGACAGCCGAGCACACUGAGUGAAGCUAAUCUAGUUGCCUGUGGUGUUCAGAGCGCUUUGCAGUGCAAGCUUCUGCUAUUCCACUUUUAUGCAAGCAAUAUUCAGCUGAGCAGCAUGCUCUGGCUUCAUUGAUGGUGAAAAAAGAAAAAAAAAAUUGGUGAACAAAUAUUUAAAAGUGGCCACAAUACCCAGAAAUGCAAUUUGUCGCAAUAGCACAAUAAGAACUUCAGAAUGCUGUAUGGUCUUGCCUCCAUGAAGUCAAGUACGUACUUAAUAGCAAACAUGAACAUUAUAGCUGAUGUGGAAAAAAUAUGACUUGGAAAAGACUUCCCUUGUUGGUGUACUCUGUUCUAGCCAUACACAUGCUACAUUUAGCUUUUUUGGCCAUCCAAAUAAGUCAAAUGAUUUCUGUUGAAUCAGAAACAUGUGCGAGGCUGAAUGUGCUUGUGUUUCUCAAUCAGCUUUUCUAAAGUACACUGGAACUCUUGGUAAAAUGGCCCUGGUUGUGCCUCCAUCCUGAAAGGCAAGGUUCCUUUUAAUGCAUAGCACCUUUAUAUUGUUCCCACACUUUUUUUUAAUAGCGUGUUCGGUUGUUAUUGUUUUCUGGAAUUGUAAUUUUUCCAAACCUUUCCUUGCUGUAGCCCAGUUUCUCUCUUUGCUUCCUUCCUCAGGAAAUUUACCACAGUUUUUUUUUGCUACUAUGCUUGCCAUAACUGCAUUGUGUAUGGUACAAGUUUUGCUUGCUUGGAUUUGUGUUAGACUAGGCUGGGCUGUAAUGAAAUAUUGACUCAAGACAUUCUGUCAAAAUAGUGUGAGCUCUUUCCUCCCAUUGAAAUCAACCACAAAGAAGUUGCUAUGUGAGCUGUGCUAGAAUAUGAUGGUGCGCUGACGCAUUUCAUUUUGAGGUGUUGUGUUGUGAGCAGUAAUUCUGUGUGCCUGUAGUUUGACGUGCAUGCAGCAAUCGCCAACAAGGUUAACAGAGGUGUAUCAAACUGGGUGUCAAUCUUGGUGGAUCCUGUUGAUACUAUAAUUGUGUGACAGUGGUACCUUAGUGCAAAUGUAGUUUUAUGGCAUAAAAUUAUGUGUAGGUGUCAGUCUUGCUACAUUAAGUGUCCUGUGUGAACCCUUUACUCUGGGAAAGGGUAUUGUAGUGGUUGCUGUGCUAGUGCACUUGUGUUGACGUCUAGUUGUGGUUUUAUGAUGCAGUCUGUGUCUGUGUUUGUGUACUCUAGGCAUCCUCAGUAUUUGAGCAGUCUCUAGAUAGGAGAGGCGGCAGGGUCCAUUACUGUGAAUGCAAGUCACGGGGGAGGGCAAGAAAACUAGCGAUGUUCUCUUCAGUUUGCCUUAUCAAUGGCAGGGGGGCAUUAGAACAAUUUGAUGACUGUAGUAAGCAUACCACAGUGAAAAUUAGGUGGGACAUGUGCAGGAGGCUUUAGAGUUAACAUUUGUCGGAGGACAAACAAAAAAAAUGCUACUUUUGUGUGCAUUCUGCACACGAGGCCUUGAGCACGGAAAUCCUCAAUUUUCUAUGUUCCACUUUGCAUAUACCUCUCCAAAUGCACUCAGGGGCCAGCUUCCCUCGUGCCAUGCAACAGAACAACAAAAGGGCUUUCGCAAACUGGUAUGUGCAAAUGUGCCUUUGCCACAGGUGUGCUUCUGAAAGACAGGAAGUUUCAGCCUGUGCUUGCUGGCCUUUGGCAGAGACAAAUGCUUGUGACAAGCCAUAGCAGACCAGCCAGCAUGAAAUGAAUACUAUCAAGUGCAUGUGCCAGUCUGUCAUACAAAUUUCAUGUUGAUGUGUACUUGCAGAACUGCUCUUUCAAGGUCACAGCAUUGAAGCACAGAAGGGACCAAACCAAAAAGCUUCCAUAAAAAGCAAGUUUUAAGUUCUGCCGCUUUAGUUUUCUUGUUUAUUUCAGUAUUUGCACAAUAGCAUUGUCACAAGUAAGCUUGCUGAGCCAGCAUCUUUGUUGAAAUUGUCCCUAUCGAGACAGUGUGGGAUGAAAUCUCACUUCUGUAAUUUCAGCUUGUGAAAGAUGGUGACUAUGUGCAGGUUGUAAAUUGUUGAUUUCUUCCUUCACUGUGGCUGUCUGUAAUUGGAAGUGACAUCAUUGUUUGCUCGCUGCAAAAUAUGUUCCAUUUAUGUUUCUCUUAUAUUAAGAUGUCAAGACAUACCCAGCUGCCAGUGUGAUGGUCGUGCUAAUCUCAAUAAUUAGACUUCCUCUGUCAUAAAACUAUAUAACCUAGUAUACUAGAAAGCCAGAGACAUUAAAUGAUGUGUAUUAUAUAAUUAGACAUUAUAAGAGUCUGUGCUAAGUGCUCAAGGUUUCAGCUUGCCUUGUGCUCUGCGUAUGCAACAUGUGUAACGUACUAGUAAUUGGGCAACCUUACAGCGAUUGGAUCUGUUCAGAUUCUUGUGAUGUCCUUGCAUUGACUAACAUACAAGUUGGAAUUUAUUGCUACUAGUACAUAUAAAUUUUGCUGUCUGUGCGUUUUGCUCGUUUGAAGUUAUGUUACAUGUAUUCCGAUUAUGGUGGUACAUCGUAUAUGUUGAGCUUUUUCUGCAAGAGUACCCUGAUGCUUGUUUCCUGACAGAGCUGUAUUCCAUAGUGGAUGGCUCUAUGGGCUCUAAAAAGAACUACAACUGAAAAGACUAUCAAAGUGACUAUCACCUCUUUGCAUGUGAUCAAGACAAUAUACUCUUUUAAAUCCUAUGAUAAGUUGCAGCCUUGUGUAUGCACAAGCAAGUGUGGUAUAAUGUUUGGAACUCAGUUUCAGUGUGUUUGAACAAAAGGCAGGAAAGAAGGAGUUGUGUAGACAUUGUCGUGUGUAUGUUUAGUGUUAACUGUACACAUUCCUUGAGCGUAACUGUGUUUUGUAGUAUCCCAGAAUGGCAGACAGGUGUAGAAAAAGUGAUACAGUAAAAGAACACAGCAGGGCAAAAUGAAUUAUUCAGGUGCCUAGUCGUGUCACUUCAUUACAUCCCAAAGUAGACUGCAUGCAUAGUGUGUAAGACAACGAAGUAGCAAGACCUUGCUUGCUAUGUGACUGGCGCAUCCUGUUUGUUUUUGUUUUUGUUUUUUUUACAUUCAUUAGUUUUGUUUUGUGUUCGUAUGGUGGACCUUAAGUUGUCUUGCCUGGUAUGACAUAGCGUUUAUGCAAGCUGCACUCCUGCAUUAACACAGCUUUAAAAGUGCAGUAAUUGUUGCAAUAAAUGUGCACAGACAAAAACAGGUCAGUUCAUACGUACUUCAUUACUAGUUUUUGUUGUGUGCGAUGGGUGUUCAAUAAGUAAUGUAAAAAAGAAAGGUGAAGAAAUCAUAUUCCCUUCAGUAAAUUUAUUUUUACUACUUAAUAGUACUACUUUUACUACUCUUUGGAUCUCCAGUCUUGGUCCAGUAGUUUUCCAUGUUUCAAUCUCUUGGAAAAUCAGUCUCAAGGUAUUACCAAUGACCUUGUCUUCUAAAAACAUCUUUCUUAAGCAGAAUCAGCAGAAAAUAAAAAGUUAUGUGGCAGUGUCAUUUUGAAUUAAAUACAAUUUUGCUAUUGCAGCUGCAAAUGUGCAAGCUUAAGCAUUGUCUUUAGGAAAGAGGACUUCUUUUUACUACGAUCUCAGCUGAUUUGUUUGCAACUCUUCUGCUGUGCAGUUCAGGAGGGUUGCGUGGAAUUCUGUAUUUGUCACUUGUCUCCGCUAUUAAUAGUUGAUAAAGAUGAUCAUUCCACUGGUUCUAACUUAUGGGACAGAAGUUUGGAGAUUAACACAGAGACUUGAAUUAAGGGCCCUGCAGUGAGUGAUGGAGCAUGAAAUGUUGGACGUAACAUUAAGAGACAGAAAGCGAUCAAUGUGAAUCGGAUAGGGGUAGCCAGUAUUCGAGUUGACAUUACGAAAAGAUGGAGCUGGGUAGGGCAUGAAAUGCAUAGGGCAGACAAACCAGUAGUCUUUUAGGAUGACAGGUUUGGUGCCAAGGGAAGGGAAGCACAGUGGAGGAUGGCAGAGAAUUGUGUGGUGUGAGGAAAUUAGGACGUUUACCGACGUAGAUGGAAUCAGCUCGUGUGAGACGGGAGGUUUAGUCCUUCAUCCUGCAGUGGACACAGAUAUGAUGAUGAUGGACGGCCUUUUAAGAAUACCAAAGAAUGGUCAUUAUCUUUCCAGCUGACGAAACAGAAUGCACCGUUGUCACAUUUUUAUCAGGUGCUGACCACUGUGUGUGUAACGGUGUAUCCAAACCUCAUUCACAGUCGGGCAUUGACACUUAAAGCUUUGUGGAUUACGCUCAAGCAGUGACACUCUUUUGAAGUGUCAUAUCGUAUGCACUUGGGGUUUAUGAUCAACAAUCACGGAGCCUACCAUGUGCUUAGUCUUUUCAUUUCCAGUUUUUUAUUAACAUUGUUUACUCCACACCUACUUAGAUUUCCAGUUUUUGCUAUAUUGUGUGGCUUCUAUUAGCAGACUUUUAUCGCAGUACAAUGCAUUUUUAAAAAAAAGAAUUCCUCAUGUAUGUAGUCUCAGCUGGGUGCCCUGGGGAUGGAUGAUGUCCAGUCACACUUAAAUUCAUUUAGGGCCUCUGUGUGGUCAUUGACACUAGUACAGAGGCCCCGUAAUAUUUUACCAAACUCGGUUUUAAUCUGUACAGCCAUCCAUUUCUUAUGAAAAAAAAAUUCUCACCACCACAGGAGUUCUGUCUCCAUCUAUCCUUUUGACAAGUACUGACACGCUUGUUUAAAAUACAUUUUCUUAACAUUGGUGUGGAUUACUGCAAUGCAUGUUCCUAUUCACCUUCAUACUAUAGAGGUUAUUGUGGGGUCAUUCUGCAGAAAUUUACAUUGCUUAUCGAACAACCCUCGUAUGCAUGAGUAUAAUGGGAAGGGUGACUUCUGAUGACUGAGAGCGAAGAAAUGUGUUUCUCUUUUAACACAGGCAGAGGAUGUGUAUUGUUAGAGUAGCUGUGAGCUUAAAAGAAUAGUGUAGAAUACUUUUCUGGUAGAGAAAUGUGCCCCAUAACAGGCGAAAUCAGCAACGAGUCGCCUGUUGCACUGCUAGGGAGUUCAAUACCAAGACGAUUCAUUACCUCGAGAGACCUAAUCUAUGUUAGAGUUUAUGAAAUCUCACACGAACAUUGCAUUAGUGAAUAAAGUCAUUGGGCUAGUGUUCUUGUAUAUAAAGUAUAAGGGAGCAUAUACAGGAACACUACAUUAGUUACAUUAUAGCUUAGAGCGCACUCUGACACACAGAUGAAGAAGAGACACACGAAGACAAGUGCUUGUCCUCAUUUGUCUCUUCUUCGUCUGUGUGUCAGAAUGUGCUGUAAGCUAUAAUGAUUCUUCACCAACUAGCCCGGUCAAAAACCUUGCUACACUACAUUAGAUCACCUUGUAUUUGUUACUUCCUUUUACCAUUCUGUUAUGUUUACCCUUCUGUUACUGUCUCACGUUUGCCUACACACCUGUACACGCUUCUUCCCAUACAUGCAUAUUCGUACUCUGCCAAGGGUGCAAGAGGGUGGUUUUUUUCAUAAAUUUUUCUUGCUUGUUGAUUCAGCCUGCGGUGCAAAAUUGGGGAAAAAACGAAAUAUUGUGUUACACUCAUGCAAAUAUGGUGUAGUAUCAGCCUCUGAAACCUGUACUAUAAUGCAAGCUGUACACUAACCGAGCAUUACCUCUCUGUCCUGGAUACCACUCUUAAUCAGUUUAGCAUAUAUUGUCACCAGGGAUCAUAUGCACAUAUCAUGCCUCCAUCUAAUAUCUAAUAUUCUUUACAGAUUGGAUAAUGUGUAUGGACUGAUGCAGAACCUGAUUGAUUCUCAAUUUUCAUUUUUAGUUCAGGUGAAAAAUAUUACACUGACUGUGCUGCAAAUUGCAUGUAAUUUAUGGUGGGGCAAGUACCAGACACUGUGCUGUGGCUAAUAGACAACUUUUGUAUAAAGAUGCUGUGUUGGUUGUUCAUAUUGUAUUGUUGUAUAUCUAGUCAUGUUUUGUAAACGAGUCCUUGACGUCAUCAUUUCUGAUGUGUUAAGUGCAUAACAGGUAUAUUUUCACCACAAUAAAGAACAUGCUUUGUAAAAAAAAAAA